UAAUACUCACCAACUCAAAAACUGAGUAACAUGGCUUCCUUAACCUCCCUAGUGCUGCUCUUUGCAGCUCUUAUUCUAUCCCCACAUGUCCUUGCUGACUAUACCAAGCCCCCAGUAGAGAAACCACCAGUUUACAAGCCCCCAGUUGAGAAACCACCAGUUUACAAGCCCCCAGUUGAGAAACCACCAGUUUACAAGCCCCCAGUUGAGAAACCACCAGUGUACAAGCCCCCAGUUGAAAAGCCACCAGUGUACAAACCACCAGUGGAAAAACCACCAGUGUACAAACCACCAGUUGAGAAACCACCAGUUUACAAACCACCAGUUGAGAAACCACCAGUUUACAAGCCACCAGUUGAGAAACCACCAGUUUACAAGCCACCAGUUGAGAAACCACCAGUUUACAAGCCACCAGUGGAAAAACCACCUGUGUACAAGCCACCAGUUGAAAAACCACCAGUUCACAAGCCACCAUAUGGGAAGCCACCGGUGCAUGAGACUCAAUAUGACAAACCCCCAGUUGAGAAGCCACCAGUGUACAAGCCCCCAGUUGAAAAACCACCAGUGUACAAACCCCCAGUUCAAAAACCACCAGUGUACAAGCCCCCAGUGGAAAAACCACCAGUUUACAAGCCCCCAGUUCAAAAACCACCAGUUUACAAGCCACCAGUUGAGAAACCACCAGUUCACAAGCCACCAUACGGGAAGCCACCACACCCGAAGUACCCUCCAACUGAUUUCUGAAGUAUAUCCAUGAUUGAAGGUGUAUUAAGUAUAUGCUAAAUAAGAGGUGUAGUGUAGCUACUACCAUUGCCACGCUCACACUGCACUUUAGUUACGGCAAGGGUAGAUUUGUUUAGUGUCAUGGCUAAGAUAUGAGUAUCAUGGAUGCAUGAGUGUGAAACGGUAAACAAAAAAUGCUGCUUUGUAUUUCAAAUUAUCAAUAAUAGAAUUUUAUGGCUUGGAUA